AUGACGGACAUUUACACUCUUCCAUGUGGUCAACGUGCUAACUUUGCGACUGGUGCUCGGCUGCUCUCAUGCCUGGUGACCGAGUCACUCAUCUCGGCGUUUUACGUGCCCGUGAAGGGCUUCCACGACAAGUCUGUAGCGGGUCUUGCAGUUGUUCUCAAUGCGCAGGCUUCCUCAAACGCCACAGACCUCUCGAAGGAGCUUUACCGGACUGAUAUCCUGGCCGCCGUACCUUUGCGCAACGUUCCGAUCUUCAAACCCGAUGCGAAGCAAUCUGAGCGCGGAACGCCUAUCGGACUGCUGGACCCGCUAGACAUGUAUCCCUGCAUCUUCACCGUACAGACCUAUGACUUCGAAGCCGAUACCUCAUUGCUUGCAGUGUGGGUUGAGCAGACGCUGUCUGUGCGCUACGGAAUGGACAUGCAGAAUACGAGCGUAUGCAUGUUGACGGACGCAGUCUCCCUUUGGGAUAACUAUGCGCGUAACCUUGGGCCGGACGACGAGAUGCGUGCAGACGUGGCGGAGGAGCUCGCCAGUUCAGUGCGCUGGCAGACGUACUCUUGGGAGCAUCCAGCACGCCCUCCAUCAUUUGACGACCCCAGCAUCGUAUGGGAACAAUCCAUCGUUGAGGGCCAUCCGACCCAUCCGAUGCACAAGACUCGCAUGUUCCUUUCCCCCAUCCCGGAUAUACCUCCGGGUGAAUAUGAUCUCUACAACCCUCGCGUACGCCUGGCAUCGGUCCCUCGUGCAAGUCUCCACAUUACAGGCGACUUUGAGAUAGAGCUUGCGCCAUUGGUCUCUGCGGCGACGAAAGCGAGCCAGGCGUUCGAUCUCCCCGAGGAUCGCGUCCUCGUCCCCAUACACGAACUACAAGUGCAUCACGUUAAGGCAAAUUUCCCUGAGGUAGAAGUACUUCCAGAAGACUUCAGCGUUCCUGCCCGAGCGCAGCAGAGCAUUCGGUCGAUGAUUGUUCCGGACGCGCUUGUGUCCACCUCGCUGAAGCUAGGCGUUGGCAUCAAGUUGACGUCCGCCGUCCGCACGAUCUCGCCAGCUUCAGCGUACCUGGGGCCCCGUUUCUCUGCGCAAGUUGUGCCGGCCUUGUCAAUGGAUCGCAAUAUCUUGACUGUCGCUCGCGAGCUUGCCAGCGUCGUCCAUACAAACCCGGACGGAGAGAUCGCGAAGCACUGCGCCGCAAUCAUACGCGAGUGUCACGAGAAUGGUGCAGAGGAGAGGGGGGAGCGUAUGAUUGUGUGCACGAGCCUCGUUGAAAAGGGGCAUGAGGGCGCGCCGAGGGGCAUGCCCAGUGUUGUACGGGUCUUCAAUCUCGACACCGAGGAGAAACGGUUGACAUGGCUGGAAGAAUUCUGUACGGUCUUCUUCGCGGCUUUCCUACCUCCCAUGUUGCUCAAUGGUGUUGGCUUCGAGGCACACCCGCAAAACACUGUGGCGCGUUUCUCUGCCACGGAGCCACGCCGACUACUAGGCUUCAUCAUCCGCGACUUCGGCGGCAUCCGCGUGCACCCGCCUACGCUUCUGGCGAGCACCGGCGUGGAGCUCGAUGCGGCACCGAACCAUAGCAUAAUCGCGGAGGAUAUGGACGACGUGUUUGCGCGCAUGUACCAUACAGUGGUGCACAAUCAUCUGCAGCAGCUCAUACGCGUAUUGGAUUUGCACCUCAAUGGCAAGGGGUGGGAGGUCGUGCGCACUACCCUGCGCGACGCGAUCGAGGCUGUGGAUAGCCCCAAUAGCCCUGCGUUGGCGAAAGCAUGGCUUGGCGAGGACGCCCAGACGGUGCCGGGCAAGUGCUUCAUGCGCAUGCGGAUGGUUGGAGCGUACCGCCACCAUCUUCAUGGUCCCUUCCCCAAUCUCUUGCAAUAUCGCGGCUCGGUAGCGGAAGCUCGACGCGUCGAGACACAUGGAGAGCAGCUUGUCAAGCUUGGGGAGAGCUACAUUGAUCACAUAGACCGUGCUAUAAAUGCUUCGUACAUUGCCCAACCGAUUUCGGACACCCUUUCCGCCAACAUCCGCAAAGACAUUGUCUCUCUACACACGAUAUCCACUCGCCUAUCUAUUCGCUUGAACUCGUUGAACUCUCCUUUGCUUCGACUGCCGGAUGACGUUCUACGCAUCGUUAUCGACUAUCUAGCGUCGACCCACGACAAGGAGCGGACAUGGUAUUCGAUGGCACACGUAUGCAACCGGCUUCGCUAUACGGUGCUUGGCCUGGCAUCCCUUUGGGCAGAAAAAGUCUGUAUGUUGCAUCGCAAGGGCGCGCUCGAAGAGUUCUUGCGUCGCUCGGCAGACUGUCCCAUCCGCCUCGAGGUUCCUCAAGAGGCGAUGCCCCUCAUGCGACAUGAUUUCAGUCAACGGUGGCUAGAGCGCGCGUACCUUUUUAAAACAGAUCACACUACGCUUGCAUGGACCAUUUACCAAAAGCCCCUUCCGCUGCUCACCGACGUGGAGCUGAACGUACCGCCGAACGAGACUGCAAUAUGGGCUCACAGUCAGGACUACUCUCCGAUGUCCAGGAUUGACGAAGAGAGCCGUUACAAGAUCCUUCGAACACACGACCUCUACGCACUUCCAAACCUUCAUCGACUGAGUAUGACGGCCAUAUACAUCCCAGUCUGUUCAGACUCUUUGACAGAGCUACGGCUCUUUCGCACGUUCAAGCCCGCGGCCUCUUCUCUCCCCACUCUCAAACAACUGCUUUCGUUUCUCCGGCACUGUCCACACCUUGAACAUCUCACACUUUGCGGUUGGCUCCCAGUGGUGCCGUCGGAUGACACUGGCGACGAUGAGGAGGAGGAAGGGCAGAUCAUGGAGGACCCAGGGCCUACUACCGAGGAUGGGAAAGCACAGGAUAGUUCUCAUCCUAUUGAGACCGUUGUUCCCUUCUUACGACUCCGUGUCCUGGAGCUCUGGGGAGACCAUCGCCGAACUGCCGCUCUGUGGCCUUACCUGACGAUACCGCAUACGACAGAAGUCUCUGUGCGGCUGGGAUAUCUGUAUGAUGGCGCCAAAGAGAUCAUCGAAUAUUCUCGGGAUUUGGACAAUAGUCAUGUACUGGACAGCCUCCACCUUUUCCGCUCUCAUCUCGCGGCACAACCAGAGGAGCGUUCGGUGGCGGCACUCUGCAUCAGAACCGGGAACCUCUGCGAUUCUCGACUUUGCUUCUCAUUAUACUCGCGCCGAGACGAGCAAAUGCCAACCAGCCCACAUCGAACCCAAGUCCCCCGCUUGGUUGACGACGGUUCCCACUUUCCCGGAUACAUCGAGCAGGCCUACACUGCCAUCCUUCGCCUCGAUAUCUGCCAACAUUGGUGGAAUGACGGCGCCGUCUUGACUGCCCUCGAUGGUGUCUACCAUACCUUUCGAUUGACGGGCAUUCAUGCGCUCGGACUAUUACUCCAGCAGCACAUAGUGGAGAAUCCCAGCACAAUCGGUGUGAUCUUCCACAAAUUUCCCGCCGUGCACAGACUCGAACUUCUCUACCCUUCCCAGGCGACGGCAAUUAAUUCACUCAGCCGCCGCUUAGCUAUACCCAACACUGAAUCCACCGACUCACUCAGCCCUCCGCACUAUCUUCCACAUCUGAACGAGUUGAUACUCGGGGUCAACCCACUCUCCAAGUCACCGAAUAUCCACUCCACCCUUCUUCACAAUUUCGCCAGUUUUGGAGAACACAAGCAGAAGUUUUACGAGGCUCUGAUUGCGCUUGCGAAGGCUCGCAUGGCUGGCGCGUGCUCAUCGCCGCUCGACUGUCUAUUCCUUCGCGAAAGCAAUGGAUCGGAGCCCCAUAUAGACCCGGUGGUGAUUGAAAAGAUGCGGCAGUAUAUUCGCGUAGAGAGUGACCUAGAAUGA